GAUAGAGUGAAUUAUUAUUGUUUCAAAAUUAACAAUGUAGUUCGCAUAAGUGGGAGUUGUUCGUUUUUUGGAAGUUUUCUUUGUCCGCGUGCAUCAGCAUUUCGAAAUUCAAAAAAAUAUUCAAGAAGUUCGGCGGAAUUUGCAAGAAGAGUUACUGGUUUGUGGAUAUUUUACUCUAUAACUGCAUGAUACAGAGACAUGAAAUAUUGCUUAUGAAAUACUUCAUUUUAACGACUUUGCUUGGAAUAUUUCUCAAGUUUGUGAUCGUAUUGGAAACAGUUAAUAAGUCGAAAAAUUGUUUAAUUUAAUUAAAAUUCUGUCUGGAAUUUGUAAAAUUAUAAUUAUUUGAGCUCUGAGGCAAGUAUAUCUAUUUUUCAAAAAAAUUUCACUGAAUUAUCAGACUGAUAGAAAUGUUUUCAAUAUUUAAAAGCAUCGAAAUGUGCAAAAGCGAAAAUAUUUCGAAUAUUGCCAUGGAACUGCAAACAUUGUGAUUUAACAAUUUUUGAUUGUCGGUGAUAUCGUUUCAAGUGUCAUAUUUUCAAACUUUACUAGUUAUUCUUGAGUAAAUUUGAAUGACUUAGAAAGUUUUGUGCAGUAAGAGAUUUAGAUUACAUGGGGAUAAGUGUCUAUUAAAUCUAGCAAAGAAGAAUCCUGUUUAUAAACUAAGAUAUUUACCACACGGGAAAUAUUUAUCUACUGCAUCGUAGGGGGGAGGAAAACUGUUUUAACUGGAAGAUAUUUACAACAAGAGGCUAUUCUUAUCGUAUUCUACUGUAGGAAAGAAAAGUACUGUUCAAAUUUGUGAUGUAUCUUUCAGAAAGGUAAUAAUUGACAUUCUCAAAGCAUCUGUGUUUCGAAUAUUUAAAAUUGCAUUUUUGGAAGUUCGGUGCUGUAAAAUAGUUAUAAUACGUGGCAUUAUUUAUCGUGUUCCAUCGUACCAAAGAAAAUAACUUUGGCUGUAUCUUUCAGAAACUUGAGAACUGACUUUCUUGAAGUAGUAUUUGUAUUUUCGAUAGUUAGAAUUGCACUCUUGAAAGAGUAUAGUGUUGUAAGAAUUGUAAGAAGUAGAAUUAUUUAUCAUGUUCUUUUGUUCCAAGGAAAAGAAUACUUGAUGUCUUUCAGAAACAUAAGAAUUGAUUUGCUCGAAGCUUUUAUAAAGUUUCAGUGUUUAGAACUAUAUUUUUUAAGUUUAGUGCUGUAAGAUAAUUACAGUACGGGUAAUUAUUUAUCUUUCGCUCCAAGGAAAAGAAUCCUUGAUGUGUCUUUCAGAAACAUAAGAACUGACUUGCUCCAAGCUUUUAUAUAUUUUCAGUGUUUAGAACGGUAGUUUUGGAAGUAUAGUACUGUAAGAUAAUUACAACAGGUGGAAUUAUUUACUGUGUUCCAUAGUAGAGUAGAAAAAAAAGUUAAAAUUCGAAGCAUCUUUCAAAAACCAACGAAGUGACUUCUUCAAGUAUUUGUAUCUUCGAUAAACAGAUUUUUUUUUUUUUUGAGUAUAAAGUGGGGUUUAAAUGACCAAUAUGCUCCCAAACAGAAGAAUGGCUCAAAAAGAAUGAAAAAGGAACCGAAAGUGACAUUUCUGGACGGCAAUAUGGGCGUUUCUCCCACGUCUGGCGUAAGUCUUCGGAACACUUACAUCGCAGCCGUUUCCGCCUUCACAUAUAUUACUGUGAUGGGAUUAGUGAUUGGAUACGCCUCUUCCGCUACAGUGGAUAUGAAGAAACCCGGAAGUAGAUUUCAAGAUGUGACGGCGGAUCAGAUUUCCUGGAUUGUCAGUUUGCCGAGUUUGUCUGGAGUCAUAGGAAAUUUUCUAUCAGGUUAUUUUAUCCAGAAGCUCGGACGAAAAGCUGUGCUAAUGUUCAUUUCUGGAACGUACAUGGUCAGCUGGUUAACAAUUGUCUACGCGAAUUCAGUUGCGUUUCUGUACGUCGGGAGGCUCAUAGCUGGUUUCAGUUGUGGAAUGGCAACAGUGGCCGUUUCAGCGUACGUAGUAGAGAUAGCACCUACAAAAAUAAGAGGUUUCCUUUCAUCAGGUUUUCAAGUACUUUAUUCCGUUGGUGUCCUCAUCAUCAUGUCUCUUGGCGUGGUACUUAGAUGGUCUUGGCUGGCUCUCUCAGCAGCUGUUUUUGUGGCCAUCAGUGCUUGUAUGAUGCUGGCAAUGCCCGAAUCUCCAGUAUGGUUGAUACGAGAGUCGAGGAAUCUUGAAGCAGCUUACAGUUUGAAGUUCCUGAGGGGGAUGAAUGCUGAUAUUGCCAAAGAAGCUCAAGAUAUCAAGGAAAACAUGACGAAAGAUACAGCUGGUGGUGUUACCUGGCGAGAGUUAUCGAAGCCAACUUUGUACAAACCACUCAUCAUUGUGUUUUUUCUUUUCUUUUUUGGGCAGCUGUCUGGAAUGGCUGCUUUAAUCUCUUACACAGUGGACAUUUUUGAGAAAGCUGGGGGAAUAGUUGAUGCUCGAGUUUCAGCAGCUGUCGUAGCCAUUGUACAACUUAUUGCCACAAUAAUGUGCAGUAUACUCAUUGAUAGGACUGGACGGAAGUUUUUAUAUAUUAUUUCGGGUAUAUUCAUAUUUAUAAGCUUGUCUUGUCUUGCUAUCUAUACUGUCAUGCUGCAAAAAUACGAUUUCGAUUUGGACAAUUACAAAUGGUUACCUUUGUUAUCUUUUGUCGUGUACAUUGCAGCCUAUUCUUGUGGCUUUGGACCUAUACCUUUUGUAAUGGCACCCGAAUUCGUGCCCAUUCACAGCCGCGGUGUAGUACUUGCAGUUGGCACGAUCACGUGUUCACUGGUUGCCUUUAUCGUAGCAAAAACGUUUGACAGUGUAAGAGAAGAAAUAGGCGACUAUGGGAUGUAUUUCAUGUACGCCAUUUCGUCGCUUAUUGGCUCCAUAUUUUGUUAUUUGUUUGUCCAAGAAACGAAAGGGAGAUCCAUACGCGAUAUUAACAAAUCUUUUGAAUACAAAAAUAAUUAUUAACUUUCUUAUUCAGAAGAUCUUUUGUAAAGAUAUGCCAUGGCAGUGUAAAU